AUGAAAGGAGCUACUUGUCUGGUUGUUGCAAAUUGUCGACUUGCACGUCUAAGAACAUCAUCCCCAUCCUCGAGUAGACUAAUACUGCAUCACCAACCACAUGCAUCAAGCACUCAAAGGGACUACUCAGCCUCGAAAUCACCUUAUCACGUAUCAGCAUUUACGGCCCAACUCCCCUCUUCGUCAUCGAGAUCGCAUAAUCAACCAUCAAACACAUCAUACAGAUCCAAACACACGUCUUCAUAUAGCCAAGCACCACAUACUGUACAAAUACGCUCAUCAAGCACAUCCCCGACAUGGUCGCAGGCUAUAGCGCACGCCGAAGGUCUAGUCCACCCUGCAGGCGGAUCUGUCAUCAACCCUCGUGAACUCUUAGGAAAGGACCUAGCAAUCAUAACCGACAAUAUAAGGAAACUGCUCGGAUCCGGUCAUCCCGUACUGAAAACAAUAUCGAACUACUACUUCAGCCAGCAGGGCAAGCAGUUUCGACCAUUAAUUGUACUACUCAUGUCAAUGGCGACCAGUAUAGCUCCUAAGGUAUUGACCGCUGGUAAUAGUACAAGUAAUAACACCAGCUUAUAUAGUACAUCUAGCAGUAUGACAGAAGACGAACUAAUCAACACCCAGAUAUCACGAGGAGACGGCGUGACAUUCUCACCACACACGACAACAUCAACACCCGGAAUCACUCCGUCACAACGCCGACUAGCUGAAAUAACCGAAAUGAUACAUACUGCUUCCCUCUUACACGACGAUGUCAUCGACGACGCAGACAUUCGCCGAAACAGACCAACAGCAAACGCAGCAUACGGUAACAAGAUGGCCAUCCUAGCCGGUGACUUCCUACUCGCCAGAGCAUCAGUCGCACUCGCUCGACUACGAGAUACUGAAGUCGUAGAACUAUUAGCUACAGUCAUAUCGAAUUUAGUGGAGGGAGAGUUUAUGCAGUUGAGGAAUUCACAGCUGGAUAAGACGAAUGGAGAGACAUUGACCAAGUUUGAUUAUUAUAUGGAAAAGACGUAUAUGAAGACUGCUAGUCUGAUUGCAAAGAGCUGUAGAGCUGCUGCCGUGUUGGGACGAUGUGCUCCAGAGAUACAGGAUGCUAGUUAUUCGUAUGGGAAGAAUCUGGGGUUGGCGUUUCAGUUGGUGGAUGAUUUAUUAGAUUUCACAGUAUCAGCUCAAGGUCUGGGCAAACCUGCAAACGCUGACUUGAAACUAGGUCUAGCUACUGCGCCAGUCCUAUACGCCGCUGAUGAAUUCCAAGAACUAUGGCCAUUGAUUGAACGCAAGUUCGAUCAAGCUGGUGAUGCUGAAUUGGCAUACAAACUUGUACAUCAAUCAACAGGAAUAACGAAAACUAGAGAACUGGCUGCUUCAUAUUGUCAAGCUGCCGUAGAUGCUAUAUCGACUCUCCCACAAUCUACUGCUCAACUUUGCCUGGUACAACUGACUCAAGCUGUUUUGACUCGUAAACGAUAA